CUGCUGUGUUCAAGCGAAGUCACUUCCUGUGGGCAAAGUUGUGACUGAACUAGAAACUAGAUAUUUCACCAUAAUAAGAGUUUCCAUUGUGGGGUAACUGGAUACUUGUCUCUACAAUACUGAAGCUCAACUUCAGCUGAGGAAUUGACAGAUUUUCAGAUGCAAUUUUUACUGCUGGGUGCCAUGGAUUACCAUCAAUUACUGCACUGAAUUGAUGUCAUUUCUCUUCAUGUGCUGCACAACUUUCUCUUUAUACAAUGUGGAGGAAUUUCUCAGCAGCAGAGUGACAGAGUGUCAGCGCUGGAUGUGAGGAUGGGACAGAUGUUGUUCUUUCUGCUGGAGUUUAUCUUGCUGAAUACACUCUCCUACUGUGGACAUGCCCAAGAUGCUGUGCUGAGGCUUGAGCCCAACUGGUCCACUUUUUUUACUGGAGAAUCUGUUACCUUCAUAUGUGACAUGACGGAAGGAAAAGACACUGACUGGGAAUACACAAUCAACAAGGAUGAUCGAGAAUUUGUUCCCUACAAUACACAUAAAGACUACACAUUAACUCUGUCUACAGGCUACAGUGGUAAAUACCAGUGCACUGGUCGCCACAAGAGCUCAGGUUUCAUAAAAAACAGUAACAUCGUCUCUUUAACCAUAUCAGAUAAAGCCAAGGCCACACUGACACCAGGCCCAACAACCAUACCAGUAGGAGGCAGUGUGACACUGACCUGCUCUGUGGAGGGCUCUGCUGGAUGGAAAUAUGACUGGUACAGAAGUUCAGGCUCCUCUCAUACUCUGCUUGUGAGAGACGGUGCAAUAAACAAAGUGAUCAGUGUCUCACAAGGAGGCAUCUACUGGUGCCGAGGAGGCAGAGGAAAACCAGUCUUCUACUCUUAUCCAAGUCAUGAUGUCUCCAUUGAGAUAACUUUUUCCAAUGUGAGAGUCAGUGUGACUCUGCAGCACAGCUGGCCUCAGAUAUUCACUGGAGAGAGGAUCACUGUCAGAUGUGAGAUCCAGGGAGGUGGAGACACUGAGUGGGAGUAUGAAUGGAGAACUACCAGCUCAGUCAAACCUCCAAAUCAACAUGAAUACAGGAUUUAUUAUGCUUCAUCAUCUCACAGUGGAAACUAUGAGUGUAGAGGCAGAAAGAAAAGUUCACAACAGUCUUCAACAAAGUGGAGCGAUUCCUUCAAUUUGACAGUAUAUGACAAUAAACCUCAGCCUGUCCUCACUGUGUCUCCAUCAUGGCUGAGUCCUGGAGCCUCAGUAACUCUGAACUGUGAGGUUGAACAUCCAUCUGCAGGAUGGAGGUUCUACUGGUAUAAGACUGUUCCUGAUCUGUCACACAACUACUACAGCUAUGAGCUGUUACCUGGUAACAGCAGUGGGACUGAACAGGAUUCCUACAUCGUUCAUGGUCAGACACACACAGCAGGAUAUGUGUGUAGAGCUGGAAGAGGAGAUCCAGUGUUUUACACAUAUUACAGCCAUUCUAAGUUUGUUUGGUCUGGAGAUUUUCAUCCAGCAGCGUCUCUCACAGUGAAUCCUGACAGAGUGCAGCACUUCACCUCUGACUCUGUCUCACUGAGCUGUGAGGGAAACUCUACUGAGUGGAGAGUGAAGAGGUUUAAUGAACAUGGCUCCCUGUCACACUGCUCUUACUGGGGGAGAAUGACUGGAGCAAUAUGCAGUAUUAGUAGUUUAUGGUACACUGAUUCACUGGUGUACUGGUGUGAGUCUGGAUCAGGAGAAUUCAGUAAUGCAGUCAACAUCACUGUACAGGGUGAUGGUAUUAUCCUGGUGAGCCCUGCCAAUCCUGUGGCUGAGGGACAGUCUGUUACUCUUGGCUGCAAGUUGAGAACAGAAAAUGUUGUUUCUAAUGUGUGUUUCUAUCACAAUGACAAACUCAUCCAAAAUGAUACAAGAGGGGAGCUGAAUAUCUCUGCAGUGUCAAAGUCAGAUGAAGGUUUCUACAAGUGUCAGUGGUCAGGACAAGAGUCACCACAGAGCUGGAUGUCAGUUAAAGCUGUGUCCAGGCCUGAAUCCUCUCAGUUUCCUGUGCUGCUGAUUGUUGGGUUGGUUUGUGGAAUUUUACUGAUUAUUCUCCUGCUGCUGUUGGUUUGCUACCGAAAGUCAAAAGAUUCAUCCUUUAACAGGGAGCCCGACAGGCCUCAGAGCACCAAUCAGAGGUUUGCUGCUGACCACAUAAUCAGCCAAGAUGAAAGUCAAUACACUUCUCUCAAUGGUGAUGCUUGUCUCUAUGAAUCAAUCAAAGGCCCUGAGGACACAGAAAAUGAUGAAUCCAGGGAUCUGACAUAUUCCACAGUUGAGCUCAAAGAAAUUGCCAGAAAGGGGAAGAAAAAUGACCCGGGGGAGAGCUGUGUUUACUCUGGUGUGAGGAUAGGAUCAGCUGCAGAUGACAGUCUCAUGUAUGCUGAGGUACACUCCCACAAGAAAGGUAAAGCCAAGAAAAACAAAGGAAAAUCAGCUCCUGAGGUGGCUGAUGAAACUGUAUACUCUGCAGUCAAACCUGGAACAGCUAAUGAUUAAUAAAAGACUGAUAAAACCAGUGGAAUGGACAACAACAUGAAAUCUUUAUCCUUAUUUAGGCAAUAUUUGCAGCUUUAUUAUUCUGUAACCAUUUUCGUACAACCCUACUGUCCAGUUAAUUUUAUAGCUAAUCAUUUUAAAGAAACUUCUGUUUUACUUGGUGAAAAAACAACAGAUUACAUAUAAUAUAAUAUAAUAUAAUAUAAUAUAAUAUAAUAUUAAAAUAUUCCCAUUGAGUGUUAAAGGGGAUAUAUUUUGUCUCUUCAGGGUUUAAAGCAGCUAAAGUAAAAGUUUCUUCAGUUCUCAGGAUGCCUUCAAAAUCAGCAUAUUUUCAGGGUUAGAUGAAAAAUCUUUGUAAAGAUUUGCUGUGUCUUAAAAUGAAUUAUUAUGUGCACAAGUUACUGUGUGUAUUUUAUUUUCAUCUGGAUGGAUUUAGCUUUUUUGUGUUUUUUUUAUGCUUGGUUGACCCUUCAUGCAUCAAUAAACGUUUGUUCCAGCA